UUUUGAAGUCAGUCAACGCGAGAAUGUCGAGGUGGUCGAUCUGUACGCUGUUUGUGUUCCUGGCGGUCCACGCCGUUUCUGGAUCCUUGGAUUUCGAUCCCUCACUCCUCGAGAACGUGAAUGUGGACCAGCUGAAGUCCAACUACUUGCCUCCAGGCCUGCGAGACACCAAUGCCACCCUGGCCGAUUUCCAGAAAUUACUGAAAUCGAAGUGCCAAAAAGCCAAUGAUCAUUUGCCAAAAGAAUCGGUUAAUGCCUCAGCCCUGAGCAAAUCCAUUGAAGAGGCAGCCCUGACCCUCGGAACUUGCCUCGGAGGCUUGGCAAAUGUGACAGAGAUCCAGGCCGAGAUCGAGGAAGCCAGUCCCAAGGGCGACUUGGAUAUUGUCUUCGAGAAAUAUUGCCUGCGCAUGCCGCAGGCCAAAGCUUGUUUGAAGAGCUUCAACGACGCCCUCUUACCCUGCUUGACCACAGAUGAGAAGGCCCACAAUGCGGUGCUGCAGGGGAUUGCGGACAGGUUGCUGGAGUUCAUUUGCUACAAGAAUGGGGAUCAGAUUGCCCUCUUCAUAGCGGAACAGGGUCCCGAGUGCCUGCAGCAGAGUCGCGAUGGCAUCGCCAACUGCCUGAACACCUCCUUUGCCGGAUAUCUGCCCAAGGAGUUCAGUUCGGAAUGGAAUUUACCCCAGUUGGUUCUUGGGUCCAAAGAGUGCGUCGACCUCUACGCGUUUGAGACGUGCACGGUUAGUCUUCUGGAGAAAUGCGAAACGAUCACCCCGAGCAACAUUGUGGAGUCUAUGUUCCGGUAUGUGAGGAAGGAGUCCUCCUGCCAGCCCCAUAUCGACAGGGCAAAGCAGCAGCACCGGAGAGCACUGCCCGAGUCCCUCGAGUCCCCCAAGUCCGGAUCUCAAUCAUCCUUGCAGCUCACCUGGACCACCGCAAGCCUGCUAAUGGCCACUUUGCUAGCCAGACUGGCCUAGCUCCCCCCAUUCACACUUUUUUUUGAUAUUUUAUAAUUAUGUUUAAUAAACUUUGCAAAGUCGGAAGCGGUGUCUCUGUAACGGAUGCACUGUGACUGCCGCCCAGCGUAAGCCGCUUAA